GUAAAUUCGUCUUAUUCACUAUUACUCUUCUAUCGAGGAUGGCUGGCCCGUCUGCUCUCGUGACCCUCCUUCGCUGCUAAUUCUCUCAUCGACGUGCCAUCCAUAUGCCGUCCGCCUCCCACCGGCGUCCACUUACACCGACGCAUCACGAACAACAACACGCACGAGAACAGCCAGCCUCCAACACCCCACGGCCGGCGCAUCUGCCACUGCCGACUUACCCGCCAUCCCGCGACGCGGGCACGAAUCACCUCGCGCGCCGGCUUCGACAGAGCCUCAGCCCGUGGGCGGAGCACGGGGGUUAGGUUUUGGCUGUAACUACCACCGCGCAGCAGGCUAGUAACCAGCACUAACUAGCACGUCGCAACCUCCCCCGUCUCGGCACCGUCCAUCCGGGCCGGUGAAGAGUAACCCACGACGAUGACGGGCUGCUGCUGCUGCACAAGGCGGUUGUUUUUUUCUCAUUUUCUCAUCCGGAAGCCCGAGAAGGGCAGGAGCGAGGCGAUCGCGACGGGAGAAAAGCAGCGGUGAGGCGAAAAACCCCUCUCCCAAUGGCGAUAUCGCGAGACUCGGUCAGCCAACCCUCCAAGAGAACAAUAUCGCACGCUCACCACAGCCCCCCCCCUUCCCCCCGCCC